AUGACAUAAUAAUAAUUUGUAAUUAAUUUCUAAAUAGCUCUGGAAUAUUAAAUUAAUUAUAUUUAAACAAAAUCAUCCUAAUGUGAAAAUAUUAAUAUUUAUUUUAAAAGUUUAGGAAUGGAUCCAAGGUAUGUAUUAUGUUUAAAACAUGAAUAGGAAAUAGCCUUAACCAAACUAACCAAACUAACCAAACUAGCCUAGUUAACCAAACUAAUAGGGAUAAUCAGAAAAGAAGGAUGUUUCGACAGCAAUUUUAGAUAGAAAGAAAGCACCAAACAGAUUGAUAGCAGAGGAAGCCUUGUAAGAUGAUAACACAGUGAUUCAAUUAUCAUAAGCUAAAAUGAAUGAAUUGAAAUUAUUUAAAGGUGCCCCAGUAUUAUUAAAGGGUAAGAAGAGAAAGGAGACAGUGGCAGUGCCAAUACCAGACAAAUUAGAUAAUGAAAAGAUUAGAUUGAAUAAAGUAAUCAGAAAAAAUUUACGCAUAAAAUUAGGAGACAUAGUGACAAUAAAACCAUUAGAUUAAGUAAUAAUAAAUAAAUAAUAUAAAUAGGUUCCAACAUUAACUAAGGUACAUGUACUACCAUUUGAUGAUUCAAUAGAAGGUAUAAAGGGAGAUUUAGCAUAAACAUACUUGAUUCCAUAUUUCAAAGAUGCUUAUAGACCAGUAAAGAAAGGUGAUUACUUUAUAUGCAGAGGAGGAUUUAAAGCAGUAGAGUUUAAGAUAAUAGCAACAGAACCAGGAGAAAUCGGUAUAGUAGGACCAACAACAACAUUAUUUACAGAAGGUGAACCAGUAAAAAGAGAAGAUGAAGAAAAAUUAGAUGAAGUAGGUUAUGAUGAUGUAGGAGGAUGUCGUAAAUAAAUGGCUUAAAUAAGAGAAAUGAUUGAAUUACCAUUAAGACAUCCAUAAUUAUUUAAAACUUUAGGUGUUAAACCACCAAGAGGAGUAUUAUUAUAUGGACCACCAGGAUCUGGAAAAACAUUAAUAGCUAGAGCAGUUGCUAAUGAAACAGGUGCAUUCUUCUUUUUAAUUAAUGGUCCUGAAAUUAUGAGUAAAAUGGCAGGAGAAGCAGAAGGAAAUUUAAGAAAAGCAUUUGAAGAAGCAGAAAAAAAUAGUCCUGCUAUUAUAUUUAUUGAUGAAAUCGAUUCUAUUGCUCCUAAAAGAGAAAAGGUUAGUGGUGAAGUAGAAAGAAGAGUUGUAUCAUAAUUAUUAACUUUAAUGGAUGGAUUAAAAGGAAGAGGAUAAGUUAUUGUUAUUGGAGCUACCAAUAGACCUAAUUCUAUUGAUCCAGCAUUAAGAAGAUUUGGUAGAUUUGAUAGAGAAAUUGAUAUUGGAGUACCAGAUGAAGUAGGUAGAAUGGAAAUACUUAGAAUUCAUACUAAAAAUAUGAAAUUAGCUGAAGAUGUUGAUCUUGCUGCUAUUGCUAAAGAUACUCAUGGUUUUGUAGGAGCUGAUAUGGCUGCAUUAUGUACUGAAAGUGCAUUAUAAUGUAUUAGAGAGAAAAUGGAUGUUAUUGAUUUAGAAGAUGAAAAAUUAGAUGCUGCUGUAUUAGAAGCUAUGGCUGUUACAUAAGAACAUUUUAAAUUUGCUAUGGGAUAAGUUAAUCCUUCAUCUUUAAGAGAAACUGUUGUUGAAGUACCUAAUGUUAAAUGGGAAGAUAUUGGAGGUCUAGAAGAAGUUAAAAAAUAAUUAUAAGAAAUGAUCUUAUUCCCUAUUGAACAUCCUGAAAAAUUCCAUAAAUUUGGUAUGUAACCAUCUAAAGGUGUUUUAUUUUAUGGACCCCCAGGAUGUGGUAAAACAUUAUUAGCUAAAGCUGUUGCUAGUGAAUGUUCUGCUAAUUUCAUUUCUAUUAAAGGACCUGAAUUAUUAACUAUGUGGUUUGGUGAAUCUGAAUCUAAUGUUAGAGAAGUAUUUGAUAAAGCCAGAUAAGCAUCACCUUGUGUCUUAUUCUUUGAUGAAUUAGAUUCUAUUGCUGUUUAAAGAGGUAGCAGUGCUGGUGAUGCUGGUGGUGCUGGAGAUAGAGUUAUCAAUCAAUUAUUGACUGAAAUGGAUGGUGUCAGUGCUAAAAAAAGUGUAUUCUUUAUUGGAGCUACUAACAGACCUGAAAUUCUUGAUGAAGCUAUUAUUAGACCUGGUAGAUUAGAUUAAUUGAUCUACAUUCCAUUACCAGAUGAACCAUCCAGACUUAAUGUUUUCUAAGCUAAUCUUAGAAAAACACCUGUUGCUGCUAAUGUUAAUCUUGCAUAUCUAGCUAAAAUUACUGAUGGAUUCUCAGGUGCUGAUAUCACUGAAAUUUGUUAAAGAGCUGCUAAAGCUGCAGUCAGAGAUGUAUAAAUAUUAUUUAAAUUCUUAGGCUAUUGAAGCAGAAGCAAGAUAGAAAUAAGCCUUAUAAAUGGCACCAAAUAGACCCUAAUCAUCAAUUAUUAAAGCUGAUCCAGUUCCAGAUCUUAACCGUAAACACUUUGAGGAAGCACUUAGACAUGCUAGAAAAUCUGUUACCAAUAUUGUAUUACAAUUUUCGAUUCAUUUUAGGAUUUGAGAAAAUUUGAAGAAUUCAGAAACAAAUUUGACCCAUCAUUUAACAAAGGAGGAAACUAAGGAGGAUUCUCUUUCAAAUGGCCUGAAGCUGGUGGUCAAUAAUUUGGAAGAGGUUAACAACCAAGCAGAAUCUAAGAAGAAGAUGACCUUUAUGGAAAUUGAUUAAUAUAUAUUAUAUUAAAGAAAGUAA